GGAUGAGAUGGUCCACAGUCAGUGAUUGAGCGCUCCGUCGAACGGCUGCGCGCCGCACCCGUGUCUCUUUUCACGCACGAUAUAGACACGCGCGCGCAAAAGUUUAAAAUAAUCAUAUAUUGUGAACAUUUUGGAUUAAUUGUCUCAUGUGGGAAUAUAUUUCAGUACUAACUGCAUGCAACAGUUUCUUGCGAUGGCUUUCCCACAUGAGAUAUUAAAAUUUUAUAGCCGAGUCUAGUAUGCUACAACAUCGCUUAUAGAGACGUUUAUGUGGACUACUGUGUGACUGUCAGUGUUGUGCAAUCAAAGACAUAUCUCUGAACUGUGCCAAGCUCGAACACUCAAGAUCUAGUGAAAGUCCGUAAUUUCCUCUAUUUGCGUGGGAGAGUCCGAGCAUAGUGGAAAACAAAGAGGAUCUCAGAGACAAUGGACCACCUGUUCCGGCAGAGGAGGAUUAGUGUGCCCAAGCGGACGAGCGAGCUGGUGGCGCUUGUAGCGGUGUCCUGCACGCUUUUCCUGUUCCUGCACACCAGAGACUUGAGCACGCAACUCCGGCGCAUGCAGGGUCGCCUCAACGAUGACGUCACUGCCUUCAACCACCUCACAGAGAGACAAACAGACCGCACAGAACACGGAUUUGCAACAGCACAAGAAUACAAAGAAGCUCUCGAGGCGAUACGAAGGAAUACUGGUGUUGAGCGCAGUAAACCACAGCGAACUCUAGAAGCCGAACCAGAAGAUUCGCAGCAAGACAUAGUGGAUGAGUAUGUGGAUGAGCUUCUAGUUCCUGAACCUUGGGAGCUGAACAACACGGCAAGGGCUGGAAUUGAUCUACUGUUCUUCAACCGAGUGCCCAAAGUCGGCAGCCAGACCUUCAUGGAAUUAUUACGGCGACUGGCGUUGCGUAAUCAAUUUGGGUUCCACCGCGACGCUGUGCAACGAGUGGAGACCAUUCGCCUGGCCCCUCCAGACCAACAGAUUCUCGCUAACUUGGUCACCGCAUACACGCCACCCGCCUCGUACAUCAAACACGUCUGCCACCUCAACUUCACCAGAUACGGGCUUCCCUCUCCAAUCUAUGUGAAUGUAGUGCGGGACCCUGUGGAGCGCGUAAUCUCGUGGUACUACUACGUGAGGGCGCCCUGGUACUACGUCGAGAGGAAGAGGGCCUUCCCGGACCUCCCGCUACCCGACCCCGCCUGGUUGAAAAAGGAUUUCGAGACGUGCGUAUUGAGCGGCGACCGCGAGUGCCGUUACAUCGAGGGCGAGACACAUGAGGGCAUCGGCGACCAUCGCAGGCAAACACUCUUCUUCUGCGGACACGAGCCACAGUGCACGCCAUUCAACACAGAAGAGGCGCUCCAGCGUGCGAAACGCGUGGUGGAGCAGGACUACGCGGUGGUGGGCGUGCUGGAGGACAUGAAUGCGACGCUACUGGCGCUCGAGAAGUACAUCCCGAGGUUCUUCAGGGGCGCCACGCAACUUUACUGGGAAGAGUUGUCGACGUUCAACCGCAUCAACCGCAACGCCUUCAAGCCGCCCGUGUCGGAGGCGGUGAAGCAGCUGGUGCGCGCGAACUUCACGCGCGAGAUCGAGUUCUACGAGUUCUGCAAGCAGCGGCUGCACCUGCAGCUGCGCGCGCUUCGCGACCCUGCCAGCGCGCCCGCCAGGAAGCGGCGGACGCUGCACGCGCCAUCUAAUAGACUUUAAACUUUAAUCAUGAUAAAUAGGGCUGUCAAUACCUCUUGUAAAUUCCCAGUAGACAAGACAAAGAAAACUAAAGACGGGCUAAUGUACCCGAAUGUGAUGGAAGAUUUUCCGGCAGAUUUAGCGGCAGAUUGGGCUUUGUAAACAGGGCACACGGUGAGGGACAAAAGAUGUUAGCACUCUUUCUCUUCUCGUGUAUUUGUAUCUUGUAUGAGCGAAACGAAAGAUAUGAGGAAGUGUAUACUUUUCUCUGCCUAUGGUAUAUAUUUCGCGCGAAUUUAUGCGCGUAAUAGUAAUGAGCUGUGUAACUACGCUGCGCGUACUGCGCGACCUGCCAUACUGUUACUAAUGACAGAAAACCAAGGACACUGCAUUGGCCAUCAGAAUGAUUUUUGACUUUAAUUUAUUAAACCUUCAAGCAGAAAUAGUAAUAAAUAUAUAUAAGGAACCUCUGGUGACCUAAACUAUUAAGUUCUAUUAUGUCAAAUCAAGUGUUAGGUGAGCAAAAAAUCAAAUAUUCUAAGAAUUAAAAUGUAUGCCUCCUUAGUUACUUAGCGUCUCCUUGUAUAUUGCCAAGAAGACUAACCAUGGAUACUAACGUUUAAUUAAAUUAUUUAAUGUAUUUCCUAUGUACGUAAGGAUCUUAACAUGAGUGGUUAGUGCAAUAUUAACAACAAAGUGUAUUAAUACUAGUCCAACAGACUGGACUCUAGAAUUAAGUUGUUUUCUCUGAUAUGCCGUGUACAAGGUGGAAUUUUUUAACUUCGCUGAAGAAAAAAUGUACAGACGUCCACUUAUCGAAAUCUCUUGUUUCGGAUUAAGUAGUUUAAAAUGGUUCGACAAAUUAUAAUUUAAGUAAUUUAAAUAAAAUUAUAUGUAAUAGCAGCUUCCCUAAGUCCGCCAAAUAUCGGCGAAUUGAAAGUUUUAAUAGCAUUUUUACAUUUUAUUAAAAAAAUGUAACAACUUAAUUCCAGUGUUAAGAGCACAUUCUCUUGAAGUAAGGUUAUAAAAUUCUAUCCUCUGUUUGUAAAUAUGCUAGGUUACUUAUACAGAACAUUUUUAUUAUGUGGUUAUAAUUUAGCCAUGAAUUAGUUGAGGCUAUAAAUUAAAUAAACUUUAUACUUAUUUUAAUUCGUAGGAUUAAAGGAACAUAUACUUACAUCACAUUGUACUCUUCUAUGUAACCAUAGUUACUCUUCCGAUACAUAUAUAAAUAAUUACGUUCUCUCACCAUUAUUAAUCCUGUCCUGUUACCUAUUUUUAUUUUUUAUACCCUACCAAAUAUUUGUGAAUUUAAAAAUCAUACUAUUUAAUAUUUUUAUUGGGUUUAAAAUUAAAUAUCUGAUAAUUAUUUUUUUAAAUAAUUAUCAGAUAAUUAUAAAGGUAGAUUACCUUGAAUAUUUAAUAUCUUCCAUGUUAGUUCAUAUGCGUCGAGGCAAAUCAAUGUAUAUUGUUAUUAAAAUUAGUAUUAAGGAUAUUGUUUUAUUUAAAGAGUCAUUGUGUUUUGUGCACAUUUCAUAUCGAUCUUGUAUUAGAUUAGGAAAAAACAAAAACACAAAAUAGAUAUUCUACUUAUGUUGUGAAUUUCUUUAAAUUAAAACGCCAACAAAAUUUUGUGAAAUUGAAUAUUCUGAUUUGAAGAAGAAUAAAAUGUUGUGAUGUAAUUUUUAUUAUUUUUUUUUAUGUGUAUAAAAGCUAUUUGAUUUCCCAGAAAUAAUCUUGCUAUACCUAAUCAUGAAAUCUGUUUACAACUUGUAAAGAAAUAUUUUUAAGUUAACAAAAUAUAUUUAAUUUUAGAUAUACCCAAGUGUUAAACGGAGUAAACAGAUUAUGACGUAUGAUAUAAACGUUUAUAUACAAGUGAGUAAUACCUAUUGUUCUUUGUUAAAAAUCAGUCUACAAGCACAAGAUUAUGUCUUGUUUAUGUUUAAGAUAAAUUUAUCUGACUGCGGAGGUGAGACCUCCUCCUCCUAUCUCAUUUUCUAUUUUUAAAUGUCAUCCCAGAAAUUGUGAUAUAAGUAAAUUCGCCUUUAGGUAUUUAAAUAAAGCGUUUAUGAUAUUAACAAGUU